AUGAUAAGAGAAUUCACAGAUCUGAGGCUGGUGAGCGACAGUGACUGUGCUGGGCGGCUGGAGGUUUUCUACAAUGGGACGUGGGGCAGUGUUUGCUCCAAUCAGAUGUCUGGAGACACCCCAAAAAUUGUCUGCAAACAGCUGAACUGUGGGGAUGGAGGACAGAUUGAAAGAGACUUUGAAUAUGGAGAAGGUUCUGGUCCCACAUGGCUGGACCAUGUUGCAUGCAGUGAUCAGCACAGCUCCCUCUGGCAGUGCCCGUCAGAGCCCUGGAAUCCAAACAACUGUGGUCAUAAGGAAGAUGCUGCUGUGAAUUGCUCAGGUGCUGAGGAGCUGAGGCUGGCGGAUGGAGGCAGCCCCUGUGCUGGGAGAGUGGAGGUUAAACACCAGGAUCAGUGGGGGACGGUGUGUGACAUUGGCUGGGACAUGAAAGAUGCUGGGGUUGUCUGUAAGCAGUUGGGAUGUGGAGCUGCUAUCAAUGCCCAUCGUAAUGCCCAUUUUGGAGCAGGAUCUGGAAAAAUUUGGCUGGUUAACGUUGCCUGUCGUGGUACUGAGUCUGCUCUCUUGGAUUGUGGGGACAGGAGACGGGAAGUGAAUUACUGCGAUCACAUAGAGGAUGCUGGAGUGACCUGUUCAGAUGGAAACAAUGUUGGCAUUUCUCAAGUCUUCUGGGAUCUUCUCAUGAUACCAAAUUUGAAGAACAAUGCUGCUCCCAACAGCAUAGCUCUGAGGAUCAUUGCAGCACACAAGCCCCUUCACCGCAACAAGGUGACGGUCCCUGAAGACAGGUUGCAGCAGUGGCAAGAUGUCUUUGCGCAGAUAGCUGAUGCAGCAGGCCUCAAUCACACUGCCCAAGAAGACCACAGACUUGGUUCAGUGGUGAAGGCGCUCGUCAGGUUUAUUGCUGACAAAGCACGGAUAUCGAACAUCAGUCAGACAUGCUCACACGCAAAUGAUGCUGGAGCCAUAUGCUCAGGGCACACAGGGCUCCGGCUGGUAAACGGCAGCACAACAUGCUCAGGGAGGGUGGAGAUCCAGGUUCUUGGUGCCUGGGGAACCCUCUGUGACUCACGCUGGGAUUUACCAGAUGCCAACGUUCUCUGUCGACAGCUCGACUGCGGAUUCGCUAUAUCAGCCCCAGGAGGAGGGUAUUUUGGGAGGGGAACUGUCUCUGUCCGGACUGACACAUUUCACUGUAAAGGAACUGAACCUCAUUUAGGGUAUUGCCCUGUUACUGCCCUGGGCGCCUCUCAGUGCUCCCACGACAAUGAUGCCAGUGUGGUUUGCUCAGGUCGUUCUGAGUCAAUCAGGCUGCUGAAUGGAGAGAGCCGGUGUGAUGGGAGAGUUGAGAUUUCCCUCCAUGGUGUGUGGGGCAGAGUGCUGGACGACCAGUGGGACAUGAAGGAUGCCAGUGUGGUGUGCAGGCAGCUACAGUGCGGAGUCGCUGAGAAAGCUUAUAACCCCCCUAAGUCUGAGCGAGGAACAGGCCCUGUGGGGCUCAGAAGGGUCCAGUGUGCAGGAAAUGAGACUCGUCUGACUCUCUGUGACAACUCCACAUCUGAGACAGCCCAGGCAGGAAUUGCUCAGGAUGUUGGUGUUGUCUGCUCAGGUGAGCUGGGAUCUAUCCCUGCAGGGAGCAGGCGGAUCAGACUGGUGAAUGGGGCAGGUCGCUGUGCCGGGAGAGUGGAGAUUUAUUACAACGGCAGCUGGGGGACAGUCUGUGAUGAUUUCUGGGACCUACUGGACUCCAGUGUUGUCUGCAAACAACUGGGAUGUGGACAUGCCAUCAAUGCAACUGUCUCUGCUCAUCAUGGGGAAGGAUCUGGGCAGAUCUGGCUGGAUAAUGUGAACUGCUCUGGGAAUGAAUCCAAUCUCUGGGCGUGUCCUUCCAGAGGCUGGGGCCAGCACAACUGCAGACACAAAGAGGACGCGGGAGUUCUCUGCUCAGAAUUCACAGAUCUGAGGCUCGUGAGCAACAGUGACUGUGCUGGGCGGCUGGAGGUUUUCUACAAUGGGACGUGGGGCAGUGUUUGCUCCAAUCAGAUGUCUGGAGACACCCCAACAAUUGUCUGCAAACAGCUGAACUGUGGGGAUGGAGGACAGAUUGAAAGAGACUUUGCAUAUGGAGCAGGUUCUGGUCCCACGUGGCUGGACCAUGUUGCAUGCAGUGAGCAGCACAGCUCCCUCUGGCAGUGCCCGUCAGAGCCCUGGGAUCCAAAGUCAUGUGAUAACCGAGCAGAAGAGACCCAUAUUUCUUGUGCUGGAAAAAAAGCAAAACCAACUCAGACCCUGUUUGCCGAAUGCCCGAACUCUCCAAGCUGCACAGGUAUCUCUGCUUCUCUGUGUCUCACCCUUGGUCCCUAA